AACUAUUUUUUGAACGGAACUGUCCACUACAAGCAAGUGACGAUCGUUAUCCGUAGCACAUUUAUCGGACGUCUGAAACUGUUGUUGGGCCUUAAUGAACUGUUAUUUGUGAAUGAAACCAAUUUUAGAAAGCUUGAUAGCGGUGGUGACUUUCCGGUCAGUAGGCGCAUCGAGAAUUGCUAUUAUCAGGGCACUGUGAAUGGUGAAGAAUCCUCAUUUGUCGCUUUAUCAACGUGUAAUGGAUUGCGUGGUAUAAUUGCUUUUGAUAAUGGCUCAGCCUAUGGUAUCUGGCCAUUAGACGGAGGUGAUAAAGGCCGACGUCAUCCACAUGUAUUGUAUCGUACAAAGUGGUCUCAGUCUGCAGCAUGCGGAAGUCAGAUUGCCGAAAGCGCUAAUCGUUUUCACAGGAUGAAGAAACACGACGUGCAUGAAGAAGAGGGGACCGCAUUCAUGCUGGAAGCCAUCAAUAUAGCUGAUUAUAUGUUUUCGCGUGAUUUGAAUAUACGUUUAGCGGUGGUUUAUCUGGAAGAGUGGCUGGAUGAAUCACGCAUCGAUUAUCACGAUGACAUUGAACGUACGUUGAGCAGUGCUGUGGAGUAUGUCACUGGUCAUAUUUACCACAUCGUGAAAGAUUUGUCGUUGUUAUUCACUUCAACGAAGUUUGUCAGCGACGAAGUUAUGGCCAGUACUGUCGGCAGUAUUUGUUCAUCGCGAGCCACAAGUCUUGUCAAAGCAGUGGACACGUAUACGGUACAUGACACGGGUCAGCUUAUUGCUCAUAGUUUGGCGCAUGUGCUCGGACUGGACCACGAUUCACUGGAUUGUACAUGCGAAUAUUCCAAAAGCUGUAUUAUGCAUAAGCAAGCCGGUUCGCUUGGUUCGCCUUUCUUAUGGCAGUUCUCGAAGUGCAGUAUUGCUCGGCUGCACAGCGUCCUGCAGUCCGGCCAUCUUCAGUGCCUACUGAACAAGCCACUUCAGGCAAGUGCACUCUUCCUGAAUUCUUUGUGUUCUGAUUCGGCAUCAACACUGCAGCAGUGUGGUAACGGUAUCGUUGAUGGUGAAGAGGAGUGUGAUUGCGGGCCACGUGAGCAGUGCCUCGAUCCAUGCUGCGAUCCGCUGACGUGUCAUACUGAAUUAUUUAUUCGAAAGGCUGACCAAAAUACAGAAAGAGGAAUGUUGCAGUUGCGGCCAGCUGGGCAUAUGUGCCGGGAGUCGAGGUCGGUUUGUGAUGUGGCAGAAAUGUGUAGCGGCGAUGACGGCGACUGCCCACCGGAUGGAUACCUCAUUGAUGGCACAGUUUGUGGCAUUAGUGGACAAUGCUGGAAAGGCAACUGUUCGGAUAUCGAGCAGCAGUGUCGGGAUCUUUGGGGUCCAGGUCAGUGUAUCGCUUAA